AUGAGGAGGAGUCGAGCCCUGAAGCGAAGCUGCCGAGCAGUUUGUCACAUUCCCAGCCCCACACUGUGCUGUUUGCAAUCUCACAACCAGGCGACCCUGCAUCAGCUGAAGAACAUUGCUUGGAAUGAAAAAAAUAACAGUGGAGAACUGGGGAAAAUCCGCAAACAACAAUGGCAGAAUUCACCAGUGGAGAUCACGUUUUCCCACCCUUUGAAUAUUUCUUACUUUUAUUUAGCAGGGACUGCUCCUAAGAGUAGAAAAUUCUUGUCAAUAGGGAUCUCAACGGUCAAACGAGUGAGAGAAAACUACUUGAUGGACACACUUCAGUCCAUUUUUGAGAGGUCUAGCUAUGAAGAGCUGGAACAGAUGGUGGUGGUGAUUUACCUUGCUGAUUUUGACGUGUCCUGGAAUUUAAAGACUACUGAAGAGAUCAAAGCCAAGUUUACAUCACAUAUCAGUGCAGGACAUCUACUUGUCAUUCAGUGUUCAAAGCACAUUUAUCCAAGACUAGCGGGUCUCAAGAGAAAUUACAAUGACCCUCAGGAAAGAGUCCAAUUCAGGUCAAAGCAGAAUGUGGACUAUGCUUUCCUGGUCAAUUUUUGUUCUGAACUAUCUGAUUACUACUUAAUGUUAGAGGAUGAUGUUUUUUGUGCUAAAAACUUCCUUUCCUCCAUGAAGAAGUUUAUCAACUUGAGUAAGGGCUCAUCGUGGACAACUCUAACCUUCUCAAAGUUGGGUUACAUUGGGAAACUCUACCACAGUGUUGACCUUCCCAAACUGGCCAGGUUCCUGCUGAUGUUCUACGAUGAAAUGCCUUGUGACUGGCUGUUAGAACUCUUCCACAGGUCCAAGGCCCAACCCAAUGAGAUGAGAUUCAAGCCAUCCCUCUUCCAACACAUGGGCACAUACUCAUCAUUUCAAGGUAAGCACAACAAGCUGAAGGAUGAUGAGUUCCAGGAGCAUAUGGGUAGUUUGCCUGACAACCCCCCUGCAUUGGUUUUCACUGAUAUCCCAGUUUAUGAGCAGUAUUUGCCUGCCAAAGCUUAUGAAUUAGGAGUUGGUCAGUUCUGGGGUAAGUCCCUUAAGGAGGGAAACUACUUCCUUGUUGUCUUUGAGCACCCAGUUAAGGUCAGUAAAAUCUGUGUUUUGACUGGAUCUCCUGAACACAAGGGGGAUAUUCUCCGCUCUGGGAUCCUGCAGGUGGGAAGAGACAAGGCAACAGAAAAUGAUCAUCAGGGCUGCAAAACAUAUAGUCAACUUGGCACAUUUGAUGCAGGAAGGUUUGAAAUGGAAAAUGUUACAAACCAUUUCUCUGAGGCAAUGGAAUGUGUACGUGCGCUGGUGACAGAGGAUCAGACAGACUGGCUUAUCAUUUCUGAGGUGAAUAUUUGGAUUGAAAAGGAGAAAUAAUGUUCUUCCCCUCUCUUUGAGAUAUUUCUGCCUUAUCGUGCAUUGCGCAAGAGGUUGUAAUGUAGCAUUUUCAACGACAGGCAAGCUUUUUCCGUAAUGCUGUAUCUCACUGGAUAACACUGUAACCUCAGAAUCCAGAGGUUGUGGGUUCAAAUCUAACUCUGGAGAUGUGAUUGCAUAACCCAGGUGGACACUCCUUUGCAGGACUGAGGGAGUGCUGCACUAUUGGAGGUGCUGUCUUUUGAAAGAGAUACUAAAGUGAGGACCCCGUCUUUCUUCUCUUCCCGGGGAGGAUUAGUUUGAACUAUUUUAUCUAACAGCCAGCACUGGUAUGCUGGGUUGAAUGGCAAGUGUGUUGGAAACAUGUUUAGUUCUAAUGACACUUUUACACCCAUUCAUCUAGACUAUAGAUGCACCUAUCUAAGUAAAUCAUACGAAACUCCUACAUCUCUUUUGGUAAUUGUAAAUAUUCAGUGAAAACUGAAAAGUUUUGCAAUUCUUUUAAUGUUCCACCAGAGGACAGCAUAAGCCAGCAAAUAAAACAGCAGCAGGCACAUCUUCUCAUGCGGAAGGAUCAUACUUGCUUUUCAUUUUAAAAAAAUGUACAGAACCCUUUAUACAGUUGUUGAAGCUUUUAAGAAUCAUGACCAGAGCCAAUUGAUGACUUAUGGCAGUGUCAACAAUUAAUCAUAUCUAUUGACUCUCUACACCAGCUGACUCCAUACUACACUUUGGUCCAGGCAUCAAAACGUUGUGGGUUCAAAUCUCACUUGAGUCUUAAGCACAAAAUAAUAGCUAAUACAGUGGUGUAGUACAGAAAGAGAAAAUCCUCUCAGGUAAAUGUACAAGAUUCCAUGACUACUAUUUCAAAGAAGAACAGGGUAGUUGUCCCCAGUGUCCUGGCUAAUACCAAACUUUCAAUCAUCAUUGAUUAUUAUUGAUUAUCAAUAUUAAUCAAUAAAGAUUAACUGGUAGUUUCCACUUUGCUGUUUUGGGGAAAUAAUUGUGCACAAAUUUCCUACAUUUUAUACUAAUCACACUUCAAAAAAAGUUAAUUAUUUGUAAAACACUUUAGGGCUUUACGUGUUGGCAGAAAAUAUAUUCUUCAAGACUCUCACUGAGACUUUAAAAUGGCUAUGGUAAAUCAUUGCCCUUGAACUCUACUUUCUUUUGAUUCUAAUUUCUGGAUUUUGUUGUCAUGUUUUUCAGUGAUUUGCAUUUUAAUGAACAGUCAAUAAAGAGAAAUUUUCUUAAAAAAA